GAACUCUCAGAAGAUGAUCUCAUACCCAGUCCAAGCAUGCGGUACACCAUCUCGAUACCACGGCUCGUCCUUUCGCGAGUUAGAAUUUGUGUUAACGAGAAAGGGAUGGAGAAGGCUUGCAAUUCGUGUGCGCAAGCAGAGCCUUGAUUGCCGUUUGCCCGGGGGGUGCUGCGAGUGACCAUCUUCGAACAUGAAGUCUUGACGGCAAGGUGUUCGCCGCCGGUCUCUGCCAUGGCCGUAAGCAUCCGAAUAUUCUGGCCCAAACAGCUGGCUCGCAAGGCGUCAGCAUCGGUAAGUAAGAGUGAACAAAUCCUUCUCGGCUGGCAACAUCGCAGAAACAAUGAGCUUCACGUCGUCGUCAUCGGCGCCGUCGCGGAUCAAGACCACGCCGAGCUGCAGGUUGCAAUCGAUGCGCUCAAUCUCAGAGCUGGAAUGAAGAAGCCAGCAGAGGGCACGCCCAUGGUUGAGGUGCUUGGGUUCCUGAUGCGAGGUCAAGAAUCCCAAAGCUCGAGAGACACGAAUGGUGACGGUCUGCUGGUCUUUUUCGAUGCCCCAAAAGAAAAGCGAAGUCGUGGCACACUAUGGUUUUCCAAUCAUACCUCGUUUCACCCGCCUGAAAAAAAAGAAUUUCGAACGAUGGUCGUCUUCUACGAUCCACCUUCGUCCGACCACUUUCGUUUCCUUACGAUCGAGCCGUUACGAUUCUCGCCCGCCUUUCUUCAUGACGAAGUGCGCGCUUCUGGCGUUAGAAGUAUGAAAGAUAGUCAGCGUGACUACGAGAGAAUGCUGUCACGGAAGCUCAUGGGCUUGCGAGAGCUUGAAAGUCUCGGCUCCGAGGCUGAAUAUGAGGAUGCAGAGCUGCUCAGGUGCUCGAUCGCUCUUCUUAACCAAAGCGCAUCUAUGAUGCAACUAUUAAAACAUAUUCAAGAAUUUCGACGGCCACCGUCUGCCUCGAACAUACCCUCACAACCAUCGAUCGUCGGCGCGGUCUGCUGGAAACUCCUUUUAGCAGCUGGAAAGGGGAUUGUUGCCCCUCUUCAUGUUAUGAGGAUGGUCGCGUCACAAGACAAGCUUAUCCGGUCUUCUCUCACAGCGAAACAAGUCGAGCUUCGACUGUCACAGAUCAUCAAUUGGCCCAGUUUUGCCGCUUCGCUGAGACAGCUGCGCCGGACCGUAUUGACACCUGUCUCGGCGCUGUCAACAGACUACAUCACCUUGUGGGGUGGAGCGUGGCUCAUCGCAAACGACGUCGUGUUUGGCCAAGCCGCGGCAGCGCUCCUUGACCAAACAGCUCCAGGGUUGGCUGAAAUAUUGCAAGCGCUCAUCUCUCGUCAUCUUUAUCACGGCGUUGAAGGUGUGCUCGGCUGGCUGGAAGCAUGGCCCGCAGGUUUGAAGCUCAACACAGAGCUCUCCCUCUUCUUUGGCGAUCUCUAUAAGGGAUGCCUGAUCCUGUUCUACGACAUGGUGCUAGCUCGGCUGGCCGUCAACAUGCAGUCGAUCAUUGCUGUCAUCAGCUUGGUGAUGCGAUACACGGGCCUGACGAUGGGCAUCUGUCUACUCUCCGACUUGAUCACGAUCAGCACGCUCCACCUCGUGCUCUUCCACCGCAUGUCGCGCUUCCUGUACGCCGGCUUCCUUUGGUUGCUGGGUGCGCUGUUCCAUCUGUUCCGCGGCAAAAAACGCAACCCGCUGCGAAAGGGGCGGCUGGACGAUGCAUCGUACGAGCUCGAUCAGAUGCUGCUCGGCACGAUCCUGUUCACGCUGCUCCUGUUCCUCUUCCCUACGAUCGCAACGUACUACCUGACGUUCGCGUGUGCGCGCUUCUGCCUUAUCGCGACGCAGGCUGCGCUCGGGACGGCGCUCGCGGUGCUCAACCACAUCCCGCUGUUUGCGCUGCUCUUGCGCAUCAAGGACCCAGAGCGCCUGCCCGCUGGGCUGAGCUUCCGCCCGCCUCAUGCUCAUCUGCCGCGCACGGCCGCAGUGGGGUCGAACGGCGGCCGCGACGGCAAAGCAAUCUCGGUAGUUGAGCUUGCUAGCGUCCCUCUCUCCGUCGGUAACAUCUUCGACGGGUACGGUGCGCAUCUGGCGGAGCUGCAGGAACUUCCGCGUCUCUUUAUGCAGAUUUUCUCCGGAGGGCGCAUGAGCCCGCGCAGAGGCUCUUCGGUUUAACACGCCAGAGUGCCUGAGGGGGAGCGCCUUAUGCUCUCCCUCUAUGUAUGAUAUUUUAUAGAUGAAAAAGGGCUUUGCAUCG